UUUGAGGUCUGUGUCAACAGCAUUUCUCCAACCUAUAAACCUGGAUUGGUGUUAUCUUCACAUUCUGGGAGGAGCGUGGGCUGUGUUCUCUGCUCUUUCCAAUUACUUUGAAUUUUGCAAGCAGGACAAUCUUGUUGGAGGAGGGAGGCAGGAUCCACUCUCGUGUCCCACUAUUCAUACACACCAAGGGAAGUGUGCUGCUAUCCUGUUCUGUUCUGUGGAGGAAUUCUGGAGUCAUGUUUUUCACUGACCCAGUUACCAUUCUUCUGCUAGUUCUGCUCUGUCUUUUUCUGGUGAAGAUUACUCAAGGCUCCAAACAGAAUGUAUACCCAAAUUUUCCACCUGGCCCAAAACCUUUACCCAUCAUUGGAAACAUGCAUAUUCUGGAUCUGAAAAGACCAUACAAGACCUUCUUAGAGCUGGCUAAGAAAUACGGGUCAGUGUUCAGCGUACAAAUAGGGACACAAAAGGUGGUUGUUCUGUGUGGCUAUGAGACGGUGAAGGAUGCUCUCAUCAACCAUGCUGAAGAGUUUUCUGAGAGACCUUACAUCCCCAUAUUCCAUGUAAUUUCCAAAGGAUACGGUCUUGUAUUUUCUCAUGGUGACAACUGGAAAGUGAUGAGACGGUUUACUCUUUCAACACUCAGAGAUUUUGGGAUGGGGAAGAAAUCCAUUGAAAACAAGAUAAAUGAAGAGUGUCAAAGUUUGGUGAACAAGUUUAAAUCUUUUGGAGGAAAACCAUUUGAAAACACCAUGAUAAUGAAUGCUGCCGUGGCCAAUAUUAUUGUGUCCAUCUUACUGGGCCAUCGCUUUAACUAUGAAGAUCCAGUAUUGCUGAGAUUAAUGGGUUUAAUAAAUGAGAACAUAAGACUACUUGGAUCACCCAUGGUCAUGCUGUACAAUACCUAUCAAUCUGUGAUGCAAUGGAUACCGGGAAGUCAUCAGACUGUGAAUAGGAAUGUCACAGAGCUGCAUCAGUUCAUUAGGGGAACUUUCACCAAGUACAAGGAUCAGUUGGAUGCUAAUGACCAAAGAAAUCUCAUCGAUGCCUUCCUUGUCAAGCAACAAGAGGAAAAGCUUGAAUCUGCAAAGUAUUUCCACAAUGAUAAUUUAACAGUCCUCAUUAACAAUCUAUUUAUUGCUGGAAUGGAGACAACUUCAACAACUUUGAGAUGGGGGCUUCUGCUAAUGAUGAAAUAUCCAGAGAUUCAAAAGAAUGUCUACGAUGAGAUAGACAAGGUUAUUGGAUCGGCUGUUCCUCAGAUUGAGCACCGAAAGAAGAUGCCAUAUACAGAUGCAGUUAUACAUGAGAUUCAGAGGUUUUCAAACAUAUUACCGACCAACCUUCCACAUGCCACCGCAGAGGAUGUUAAUUUUAAAGGAUACUUUUUACCAAAAGGAACCUAUGUGAUCCCAUUACUGGCCUCUGUACUUCGGGAUGAGAGUUACUUUGAGAAGCCAGAAGAGUUCUACCCACAACAUUUUCUUGAUUCAAAGGGAAAUUUCUUAAAAAAAGAAGCAUUUCUGCCAUUUUCAGCAGGUAAGAGAAGUUGUGCCGGGGAGAACUUGGCUAAAAUGGAGCUGUUUCUCUUCUUUACUACACUACUGCAAAACUUCACCUUCCAGGCUCCUAUAGGGGAAAAGCUAGAUCUCACCCCUUCGGUUGGAUUUACAUCUCCACCAGUGACACAUGACAUUUGUGCUUUGCCUCGAGACUGACAAGAAAAAACAAUACAGAGCAUUCAGGGGUGUACAUGGCAACCACAAUUUUGGAGAAAUAAAGAUGAUUUUUUUUUUUUUGUAGUAAAUAGCAAAGAUACAGAAAAUUUUAUACAACAAAAAGCAAUAUCAAAUGGAACAUAAAAAAAAAAAGUGUGCAUUUCUGACAUGAUACACAGAAUUGUAUUUACAAAGACACAUAAUAACAAGUGUUAGUUUAACUCAUUUAUAAAAUAGAAACUAAACUCAGAUAAAUUACUUCCUAAUGCCAACUGUGUUUUUAAAAUAAAACAUAACAGAAGAAAGUUUAAGAAAUUUAAAAAUGAAAGUUAGAAUUUAUGGCAAAGGUUCUAAGUGGAUGAUGCUAUUUUUAAAACUUCUGGUAAAAUGUAAUGGUUGGGCACCUCAUGUGUGAUGUUGGAUAGGUGUGUUUUGUUAAGUCAAAAGUUAAAACUGCUUGUACCUAAAUUUCAGAGUAAUUGAGCAGGAAUAUUGCAACUGGAAAUGAAAAAUUUGUUUUUUUUUUGUUUGAAAAUGGAAACAUAAUACUUUUUCACAUUUGCACCAUAGCGAUUAAAAUCUUGUUUUUGUCAGACCACAA